AGUCGGUCAGUCACUUGGGGCUUUCUCACGCGCGUCUGCCCAACGUCACUUCUGGGCUGACUUCUGGGGGCGCUCAGACUCCGUGGGAAAGGUAGGCAGCUGGGCAGAGUCAGAACAACAGCCCAGUCGGUGGACCAGCUGUGUACAGCUCUCCGUACUAGUCGGCUACCCUCGUUCGCUGAGGAAGUGUACAAUCGGAAGAAACCGAGCAGGAUGGACCUCGCCUUUGAGAACCACUUCAACAUGGCAUCGCGGAGGCCAAACGACACUCCCGGUGAAGCAAAUGACGAGAUCACUGCUGACAACUCAAAGAAGAAGAAGACUGCGAAAGUUAUUGUCAACGACCCGACUAUAGACCUCGAUAGUUACACCGCGAACUACAGUGGCCGAACAAAGAUAGUCCGCCUCCUGCACAUAGCAGAAUGGAGCCCACCCCUCUCCAUCGACGCCUACAAGCUCGCGCUCCAAGAACUCCGGAACACCCUCGACUAUCAACUCUACAUCGACGUGCAUCGCAAACUGAAUCAUUCUUUGGAAGAACGGCGGCAGCCUCCCGUUGCACUGGACGCGGCGUGGGUGAACCAUGCUAAGAAAGAGUUUAAGGAUAAAUCCGAGAAGCUGGAGCAGGAAUUGAAGGGGUAUAAGGUCAAUUUGAUCAAGGAGAGCAUACGGAUGGGACAUAACGAUUUGGCCGAGCAUCUAUACAACGGAGGCGAGCUGCAGGGAGCGUUGAGAUCGUACAGCAGGACGAGAGAUUAUUGCACAACCUCAAAACAUGUCGUGGAUAUGUGUUUGAGUGUUGCCAAAGUCAGCCUAGAGCUCGCGAACUUCUCGCACGUUCAAAACUACAUCGUAAAAGCCAUGAGUCACCCGGAAGUACAGGAGAAGGGGAUCAUCAACAGCAAGCUGAAAUGUCUGAGCGGUCUCGUGGAUCUCGAAAACGGUCAAUUCAAACGCGCUGCGGGCAGUUUCUUGGAUGUCAGCUUUUCGUUGGGGUCGCAGUUCUCUGAGAUAAUAUCACCAAAUGACAUCGCCCUGUAUGGCGCACUCUGUGCACUGGCCACGUUCGACCGCCACGAGCUCAAAAGCAAAGUGUUUGAAAACGCGGAGUACAAGCAGUAUUUGGAACUGGAGCCGCAAGUACGCGAGCUGCUGUAUGGCUUCUACCAGAGCAAGUACACCCAAUGCUUGGAUACCCUGACUCGGAUGAAGAGCGACCUAUACCUCGACAUCUGGCUCCACGGGCACGUCGACCUAAUCUACCAAAACAUCCGCAAGAAAGCCCUCGUGCAAUACUUCCAACCCUUCCUUUCCGUCGACAUGCACAAAAUGUCCCGCUCGUUCAGCACCUCCGUCACGGAGCUCGAACGGGAGCUGGCGAUGUUGAUUAUGGGGAAGGAGAUUAAUGGGAGAAUUGAUAGUCAUAAUAAGAUCCUGCGCGUAAAAGCCGCCGACCAACGCAGCACCAUCUUCGAACACUCCCUCGCGAUGGGGACGGACUACCAGACCCAGGUCCGCCACUUGAUGCUAAGGAUGAAGCUUGUGCGCGCCGAUAUGAUCAGUACGUCCUCUUCUCCCUUUCCCCUUUCGCUCAUCAUACUCAAACUUUUUUUUUACGUGUUACAGUUAAAGCACCCAAUGAGGGACGUCAUGGCGGUGGAGGAGGAGGUGGAGGGGAUGGGGGCAGACACCACCCAGGAGGGCAUCAUGGGAGCCGGAAAGGGCGACCGGCGAAUUUAGAGUUUGAUGCGGAUGACGGGGAGGAUAUGAUGGCUAUCGACCAUUAAUGAGGGGGCCGGGAUAAGGGGAAGUUUGCUGUUUUCGAGUGUACAUAUGUACAUAUGCAACCGUCGAGUGAGGCGGUCUUUUCUGCUCCUUUUGGAGACAUAUGUUGAGUGAGGCCGGUUCACGGGAAGAGCUCUCAUGCUUAGUGAGCUCUAGAUACCAAUCAACAGUCAUGAUAUGCAUAAGGUGUUGCUCGCA